GGAAGCGGGGGCGGUGGGAGGGGUAGAACGCGUAGGUCCCGCUCACGACUCCGCAGCUGCUGCAGUCGCCGCAGCAUCAGGACCAGUCGCACAGUCCAGGCAGCUGUCUUUUUCGCCUUUUCCGCGCGGGUGUUCGAGCGGCGCCCAAUACGCUUCAGCACCUCGGACAGCGCCCGCCGCGCUCGCCCUGGGCUCCUGAAGAAUCCGCGGGUGCUUGACCGCGCGGGGGCCCGGGGGUCCGUACAUCGCGAGGUGGUCGCGCUCGCGCAACCCAGAACCAGGCCCGCUGUGCCCGAGGCUCAUGAGCACCAUGCACCUGCUGACAUUCGCCCUGCUUUUCUCCUGCUCCUUCGCCCGCGCUGCCUGCGACCCCAAGAUUGUCAACAUCGGCGCGGUGCUGAGCACGCGCAAGCACGAGCAGAUGUUCCGCGAGGCAGUAAACCAGGCCAAUAAGCGGCACGGCUCUUGGAAGAUACAGCUCAACGCCACUUCUGUCACCCACAAGCCCAACGCCAUACAGAUGGCCCUGUCAGUGUGUGAGGACCUCAUCUCCAGCCAGGUCUACGCUAUCCUAGUUAGUCACCCGCCUACUCCCAACGACCACUUCACUCCCACCCCUGUCUCCUACACAGCUGGCUUCUACAGAAUCCCCGUCCUGGGGCUGACUACCCGAAUGUCCAUCUACUCUGACAAGAGCAUCCACCUGAGCUUCCUUCGCACCGUACCACCCUACUCCCACCAGUCCAGCGUCUGGUUUGAGAUGAUGCGCGUCUACAACUGGAACCAUAUCAUCCUGCUGGUCAGCGAUGACCACGAGGGCCGGGCAGCGCAGAAGCGUCUGGAGACAUUGCUGGAGGAGCGUGAGUCCAAGGCAGAGAAGGUGCUGCAGUUUGACCCAGGAACCAAGAAUGUGACGGCUCUGCUGAUGGAAGCCCGGGACCUGGAAGCCCGGGUUAUCAUCCUUUCUGCAAGUGAGGACGACGCUGCCACCGUAUACCGCGCAGCCGCGAUGCUGAACAUGACUGGCUCUGGGUACGUGUGGCUCGUCGGGGAGCGCGAGAUCUCUGGGAACGCUCUGCGCUACGCUCCUGAUGGCAUCAUCGGACUUCAGCUAAUCAAUGGCAAGAACGAGUCGGCCCACAUCAGUGACGCUGUGGGCGUGGUGGCACAGGCAGUCCACGAGCUCCUAGAAAAGGAGAACAUCACUGAUCCGCCUCGGGGUUGCGUGGGCAACACCAACAUCUGGAAGACAGGACCACUGUUCAAGAGGGUGCUGAUGUCUUCCAAGUAUGCAGAUGGAGUGACUGGUCGUGUGGAAUUCAAUGAGGAUGGGGACCGGAAGUUUGCCAACUAUAGUAUCAUGAACCUGCAGAACCGCAAGCUGGUGCAAGUGGGCAUCUACAAUGGUACCCAUGUCAUCCCAAAUGACAGGAAGAUCAUCUGGCCAGGAGGAGAGACAGAGAAGCCUCGAGGAUACCAGAUGUCCACCAGACUAAAGAUAGUGACAAUCCACCAAGAGCCCUUCGUGUAUGUCAAGCCCACAAUGAGUGAUGGCACAUGCAAAGAGGAGUUCACAGUCAAUGGUGACCCUGUCAAGAAGGUGAUCUGUACGGGGCCUAAUGACACAUCCCCAGGAAGCCCACGUCACACAGUGCCCCAGUGCUGCUAUGGCUUCUGCAUUGACCUGCUCAUCAAGCUGGCACGGACCAUGAAUUUUACCUACGAGGUGCACCUUGUGGCAGAUGGCAAGUUUGGCACACAGGAGCGGGUAAACAACAGCAACAAAAAGGAGUGGAACGGAAUGAUGGGAGAGCUGCUCAGUGGUCAAGCAGACAUGAUCGUGGCUCCACUGACCAUUAACAAUGAGCGUGCGCAGUACAUAGAGUUCUCCAAGCCCUUCAAGUACCAGGGCCUGACCAUUCUGGUCAAGAAGGAGAUCCCUCGGAGCACACUGGACUCAUUCAUGCAGCCCUUUCAGAGCACACUGUGGCUGCUGGUGGGGCUGUCAGUUCAUGUGGUGGCCGUGAUGCUGUACCUACUGGACCGCUUCAGUCCCUUUGGCCGAUUCAAGGUGAACAGUGAGGAGGAGGAGGAGGAUGCCCUGACACUGUCCUCUGCCAUGUGGUUUUCCUGGGGCGUCCUGCUCAACUCUGGCAUUGGGGAAGGUGCCCCCCGGAGUUUCUCUGCUCGUAUCCUAGGCAUGGUGUGGGCUGGUUUUGCCAUGAUCAUCGUGGCUUCCUACACUGCCAACCUGGCAGCCUUCCUGGUGCUGGAUAGGCCUGAGGAGCGCAUCACAGGCAUCAAUGACCCCAGGCUCAGAAACCCCUCAGACAAGUUCAUCUAUGCAACUGUAAAACAGAGCUCUGUGGAUAUCUACUUCCGGAGGCAGGUGGAGUUGAGCACCAUGUACCGGCACAUGGAGAAGCACAAUUAUGAAAGUGCAGCUGAGGCCAUCCAGGCUGUGCGGGACAACAAGCUCCAUGCCUUCAUCUGGGACUCAGCUGUGCUGGAGUUUGAGGCUUCACAGAAGUGUGAUCUGGUGACCACGGGUGAGCUGUUCUUCCGCUCUGGCUUUGGCAUCGGCAUGCGCAAGGACAGCCCCUGGAAGCAAAAUGUUUCCCUGUCUAUACUCAAGUCCCAUGAGAAUGGCUUCAUGGAAGACCUGGAUAAGACAUGGGUUCGGUAUCAAGAAUGUGACUCCCGCAGCAACGCCCCUGCCACCCUCACUUUUGAGAACAUGGCAGGGGUCUUCAUGCUGGUGGCUGGAGGCAUCGUAGCUGGGAUCUUCCUCAUUUUCAUCGAGAUCGCCUACAAGCGACACAAGGAUGCCCGUAGGAAGCAGAUGCAGCUGGCUUUUGCAGCCGUGAACGUGUGGAGGAAGAACCUGCAGGAUAGAAAGAGUGGUAGAGCAGAGCCCGACCCUAAAAAGAAAGCCACAUUUAGGGCUAUCACCUCCACCCUGGCCUCCAGCUUCAAGAGACGUAGGUCCUCCAAAGACACGAGCACCGGGGGUGGACGCGGCGCUUUGCAAAACCAAAAAGACACAGUGCUGCCGCGACGCGCUAUUGAGAGGGAGGAGGGCCAGCUGCAGCUGUGUUCCCGUCAUAGGGAGAGCUGAGACGCCCCGCCCGCCCUCCUCUGCCCCUCCCCCGCAGACAGACGCACGGGACAGCGGCCUGGCCCACGCAGAGCCCCGGAGCACGACGGGGUCGGGGGAGGAGCACCCCCAGCCUCCCCCAGGCCGUGCCCGCCUGCCCGCCGGUCGGCCGGCUGGCCGGUCCACCCUGUCCCGGCCCCGCGCGUGCCCCCGACGUCGGAGCUAACGGGCCGCCUUGUCUGUGUAUUUCUAUUUUACAGCAGUACCAUCCCACUGAUAUCACGGGCCCGCUCAACCUCUCAGAUCCCUCGGUCAGCACCGUGGUGUGAGGCCCCCGGAGGCGCCCACCUGCCCAGUUAGCCCGGCCAAGGACACUGAUGAGUCCUGCUGCUCGGGAAGGCCUGAGGGAAGCCCACCCGCCCCAGAGACUGCCCACCCUGGGCCUCCCGUCCUCCUGCUCUGCUGCCUGGCGGGCAGCCCCUGCAGGACCAAGGUGCGGACCAGAGCGGCUGAGGAUGGGCCAGAGCUGAGCCGGCUGGGCAGGGCCACAGGGCGCUCCGGCAGAGGCAGGGCCCUGAGGUCUCUGAGCAGUGGGGUGAGGGGCCUAAGUGGCCCCGGUCGGAGGAGCCUGGAGCAGAAAUGGCAGCCCCAUCCUUCCUCCAGCCACUACCCCAAGCUACAGUGGGGGCCCAUGGCCCCAGCUUGCUAGGUCACCCUCCACCCCUCCUCCAGCGCCUGCUCUCUGCAACCUAAUUUCCACCUCUCUCUCUCCUGCUGCACAAUCCUCCCACGACCCUUCCCACCCCAUUCACUGGGCUGGCUCCGACCUUUCCCAGGGCUAGCCUUCACUGCCCUAGUGGCAGCGCUUCCCAGGGGUGCUCUCUGGCUCCCAGAUGUCUAGGGCUCCAGACUCCAAGAGGGCUGAGCCUUCUCUUCUGCCUGCAGCCACAAUAGGCUUCCUCAGACGCUGGCUUGAGAGGAGCCCCGCACCUUGGGCACCAGGGAGUGCCAUCCGCCUCCCAGUCCGGUGUCACUCACCCAACCUUGUACAUGACUAGCUCUCCCAGUGUCCAAGCGCGUGCCUUCCCCGAGCCACUGGGGCGCAGCAGCGUGCUGCCCCUCUGCCCCAGGGACACCGGGCGCGCAUAGCCACCCCUAAUCCCGGUAUUCAGUGGUGAUGCCUAAAGGAAUGUCAGAAAAUUUC